AUGUUUCCCCUGCAUAAUGUUAGGCUUCUCCGCUGGUUAUGUAUCCUCUUGCAUUUCCUUCUCAUCUUUUUCCAUGUGACACUGUUUAUUGUCUGGUCUGUUCACGGGGAACAUGCAGUGGUGGUCUCAUUGAAUGAGAGCGGCAAGGCAUCCACUGUCAUUGUCGUUGUCCUCCAACUAUUUGUCACGGUUUAUACCGUCCUGCUCGUGGUUACAACGCAACAUCUUGCAUUGAAGCGGCUACUCACCCGGUCACAGACCUUGACUGCUACUCAUGAUAUAUCAACAGCCUGGAAUGGUUUAGGAUCGGCCUUCUUGAGUCUAGUAAGGCAGACUGCUGUACCUGCUGCCAUUAGUGGUACAUUCCUAGUCGUCGUAUAUCUCUCGGCGAUCGCUGCUCUCCACAUCACUACCCCGUCCUUAUUUUCCAUGGACACUUUCAACAACCCCGGGGUCGCGACGAUCGGCUCCGCCAUUAGUAUGCCCGAAUUCGUUUUGAACAAAUCAGUGACUGACAAUUCCUAUCCAUUCUUUUUCUGGGGGGAUACGUCUCAGCUCUUGCCCUUCAUUGGCCAGGCAGUCCCUUCAGAGACUAUGGGGUUGUAUAACGGGACUCUCUUCGAUGUACUGGAUAACAGCAACGCAGUUGGUAAUGUCUCUGUGGGUGCAUGGGGAGCCAACGUGACCUGUCAGCACCUGUCCAAUACUACUGCGGUGAACUCAAAUGUGAGCGAGACAGACGGAACUUGGUAUGUACAGAGCGUGUAUGGCGACUACAACUUGGCAUUCGGUGUACCUUAUAUUUUGCCGAAUGCGAUCAAGGUUGUACCUUACCGCUUCAUAGAGUCAUAUCCUCCACUUUUGGGGCGCAACGUAAUCGUAUAUGCGACCAUCAACAUCACAGAUAGUACGGGUGCGUCUGAAGGAGUGGUGACGCUCGACCCUCCAAUGAGUGCAGAGGGCAAUCAGCAAUAUACACUGUAUAAUGUCCAGGCCAUGGGGUGCACAUUAUCAUGGACGGAACAAUAUGCAACCGUCGACGCUCAAACAAGACAGCUGUUGGCGGCAGAACCUGGUGUUGUAAAGACUUCUGCAGGAUGGAGUCUAUGGGAGCCAAAAUAUGGAAAUGUUUCGUGGUUCAUUGACUACGUGGAGGAUCCGCAGGUUGAUGCGUGGGGUGACAUGUUUGAGUGGUCAACAACCUCGGCAAAUGUUGAUGAUGAUCCGGUUGCUUACAACAGUGCAGGUUAUGCAACCGUCAUUGAAUCAUAUCUCAUGCAAAGGCUAGGAAUGUUCCCGGGAUUUCCGGUGACCUCCACUAUUUCACUGCGUGACGUUGAGAAUUAUCUCGGGAGUGUUACUGCUGCAUUGUAUUGGGGAGCUGCCAACAUUGGACCGAACACGUUCUAUACCCAGCAGCUCGAUGGUCAGAAUUACUAUGUUGCCACAUCUCGUGGGCAAGCUCUAGGAGCGGUGACGCAAUCUCGUCUGAACCUCAACCUCACACCGCUUGCAUGUGGUCUAACUGCCUCUGUUCUGCUCUUUGUUCUGUCCGUCAUCCUGACGCAAGGAGUCAGUAGGCAGGUUGCGCCUGUCACAGGCCUGGGCCUCUUGCAAGUCAUCUGGUUGAUGCGCGGUCAGCCUGAGGUACAGGAUACGCUUUCUCAAACAGAGAAUCCCUCCACGAAGAGCCUACGUGCGACGGGCAUGAUCGAGCUUACUAUCGGAAGACCGCGGGUUAACAUCCUUAGGGAAUCCAACAGCCCAUCGUCGGAUAGCUUAAUGAAAGACGUUAAUAGAGACUGA